AUGUCGUACAAUCCGUUCGGAAGAGCUGGUCCUUCGAGACCUCCGCCCAAAAAUCCUCGUCCGCCAGCAAAUGGAGUCCAGCGCCAAACUGCCGCCCAACUCAAGGAGCACUCCGCCCUCUUCACGACUUAUGAGCAUCUACCGAACCAAGAACGUGCCGAUGCGGCUCUUCUCAUGCUGCGCAAGGUGGCAUCGAUCGUGAAGCCCAUCAUGCAGAAGCACCACUGGCAUGUCCAAGUUCUCGCGGAGUUUCUGCCUAAGGAACAGAGUCUGCUAGGCUUGAACAUCAACAAGGGAUACAAGAUCUGUAUCCGACUGAGGUAUCACCACAAUCCGGGACUCUUCCUCCCGAUCGAAGAGGUGACGGACACAAUGUUGCAUGAAUUAAGUCAUAAUGUCUGGGGCCCUCACGACUCCAACUUCCACAAACUCUGGGACGAACUCCGAGAUGAACACGAAACCCUUCUCCGGAAAGGCUACACAGGCGAAGGCUUCCUCUCCGAAGGACAUCGUCUCGGCGGGUCCAAUAACCACCGCGCACCUCCACCCCACGAACUCCGGCGCCUCGCUCGCGUUAAUGCCGAGAAGCGAAGAGCGCAAGCUGGACUGGCCAGCGGGUCAGGACAGAGGCUGGGUGGAAAUCCGAUCCAUCGGGGUGCGAAUGUGAGGAACGUCAUUGCGAGACAAGCGAUUCGGAGGACGACAAUCGAUCAGGGCUGCGGAUCGAUGCGGGACGAUGCUGUCAUCCUGUCGGAUCAGGUAGGGAGUACAAUCUUCAAGACAAAGGCGGAGGAAGACGAUGCGAAUAAUCUGGCGAUCUCGAAGGCGUUGAUGGAGUUGAUGGAAGAGGAGGAAAUGGGCAAGUUGAAUGGGACGUGGAAGGGAGAUGAGAAGGGUGGUGGUGAGAAGCCGACAGCAGCACUACCUCCACCUACUGUCAACGCACCGACGAUGCCAGCAACGCCCGUCACCGCUACCGACGACUGGGCCUGCCAAGUCUGCACAUGUAUUAACCCGCUCCAAUUCCUCGCCUGCGAUGCGUGUGGCACAGAGCGAUCACAGUCCGUCCUCGUUGCAGCUAAAGCGCCGCCACCGAUGUCUCAGCCGAUCAUCAAGCAAGAGCGGCAAGAGCGAAAGCCCAUACCAUACCCAUCGCGAGACAGACAGGCGCCGAGCAUCACGGGCGGCGUGCUGGACAGGGGCUCAACCGAGAGGACGAAGAGUCUUGGGUGGACGUGUUCUUGUGGUGCGUUCAUGGAGCAUCGGUGGUGGACUUGCUCGGCUUGUGGGAGGUUGAAGGAGAGUUCCUGA